UGGUCAUUUUAACGAUGGUUCCUCUAGGGUUAGUGUUAUUGCUCCUCGUGAGCAAUAGUCGCGGUUUCAUUCCAAUUGGCGCGACGGAAGGAAACUUCCAGCCCAGCACCUGGACUGCAGAAUCAGCACCGGCCCCCGCCCAGGCCCCAGCAGCACCAGAACCAGCGAGGCCUCAAGGAAGGGCUUACGGCGGGUCCAGGCUAAAGCACGGAUAUGGGAAGCCUGCACCUCACAAAGUUGACCUGGGCCUCGACCCAGAAAAAAUCAUUCUGAAAUGUAAAGUUUCAGAGCCUCUUGAGCACAUUAUUUGGAUUAGAUCCAAGUGCCCAAAUGACCACUACGACGGCGGUCACCUGGUGGCCGAAGGAGCCACGGUUCAGGACAAGACUCUGUAUGAUGUGCGCAUCCUGGGAGGAAACUCGAGCAUAACUUCCGAGCUCCAGCUCAAAAAGCCGCUAGACCCCGCUACGUCAGGAUUUUUCCGUUGUGAAGCGUGGCCCCAUGGUGGCGGCGGACCCCCAUACGGCCAAAAUGUAGCCCAAGAUGUCUACGUCAUAGGUGGACCUGAUAUGCUGCGUAGAUGUUUCGGAGGUUGGGAUGAGCCGUCGACGACGCACCACGGGGGCUACGACUCUUGGAAUGCAAAGCACCGCAGCAAUGAAAACGGCAACGGCAUCACACCACCCACGCCAACCACCCCGGCACCUUCCUCUUCAAAGCACCAUUACUACGUCCCUCAAUAUAAGAGGGGUCCUCCUGCCGACAUGAGACCCUCUGGAAGCCACGACGUGUCCGAAGUUUCGCCCGUCCGAGUCCCGCAACAGCAGCACCACGGCUGGCAACGAAACGCAGAGGUCGAGAAAAACACCAGGGCGCCCAUAAUGACCCACACGGGAGGGUACCACCCCACUCGCCAUCAUCAGGUGCAGGUCACGACCACGAGCACCACCACCACGACCGCUCCUCCGGAGACACAACCACUUCAUCAACCGGCGCCUCUGCCGCCCAAGAACUACAUUGCGGCGACCCCUUUCAUUCCGAGCCUGCCCUUCUCCCAAAGUCUGCUCAUGCAAAGUAGCAGGCAGCAGGUCAUGACGACGACCACCACCGAGGCAGCCCCUGAAAAUAGGACGACGCCCUGGGACAUUGAGGACUUGAUGAGAGUUUAUCCGAAUUACCAUGAUAAAAACAGGAAGGGAAAAUCAGUGACGGAAGACGUGAUUAUUGUCACUCCUCAACCCUCUACAGCUCAUUAGAAAAUAAAUUAUUUUUAAAUGUAGUAUUUAUUGAAACCUUGUAAUAGUAUUUGAGUGUAUAUUUAAUAAAAAAAAUUUAUAUAAAUAUAUUUAAACUUUGGAGAGGAAAAAUUAGUUAAUUCAUAAUAAAUUCUUAU